UCAUGAAGUAUUUACUAGUGAUUGCUUUGGUGUUUGUAAUAACAACCAAAGAGAUUAGUUAUAUGGAAACAAGUAAAGAAAAAGAUUGAAUUUAGAUUGUUUACCUGCAACUGAUUUGAAUGGUCAAAAACAUGAACCAACAUAUGCAGAAUAAGCAAGAAAACAUCUUACAAAAUAUGCUGAGUAAUCGACUGAAGAUAUGAGAAAGUAUUCAGGUAGACAACCAUAUCCUAAUCUGAAUACAUAUUCUGAAUAAAAUUGUGCAGGUAAUGGAGCAGAUUUACCUAAAAGAGAUAGAAGAUUCAGAAGAGGAGGAUGAUU